UGGCACGAAAAUGUGGAGACUGUUUGUAAUUGGUCGACACAGAAUGCCUAGGAACAGAUGAUUGCCUCACGUGAUCCAUUCGUUAAUUCAACUUAACUUAAUGUUCGUUUAUGUCGGCACCAAUAUAUGGGCUUUUGGAAUCUGUAAGAUGGUAUUUGUUUUGACUUGGAUUCCAGAGUAGAUCUACAGCCAUCUUAAGCCUGAUGUUGAAGGGGGACCAUCCUACCCCAAUUUGGUCAGAGGGCAACCUGUGCCUUUCUUAGGAAUGACAAUAUUACUGGGCUCCAGCCUAGGUUUCCGCAAAGGCCUUGGCAGGAGAAUACUAUGCAGCUUAGUGUUUGCUUUGGUGAUCACAGCCUUGGUGGUGGCAUCAUACGUGCUCUCUGGAGGCAAGCAAGACCAUCUCUUCCAGCCAUUCCCUUCUCAUUCAAAAGACUAUGCCUCCAAUUACAACCAGUCAGAAGACAGGAGACAGAAGCACAUUGCACUUUCAGAAAAUUCAGUGGUUCAAUUAACUGAUCGCAGGAUCCCUGAGAUUGAGGAGCUGAAGCAGUACGAACCACACCUAUUUGCUGUGAUUCCACAAAAGUUCCUCUCCAUCAGCCAAAGCCCCUGCUGGCAUCAGAAAUAUGAGGGAAAGAAAGACCCGUACAGCGGCAAUGCAUAUGUCCUGUAUGCCAAACGCUUCCGCGCUGUCUUCGAAGAGAUGCGCCAGAGCUUCUGGAAGAGGCUACAGGUUAGAGGAGACUCUCGCUACCGGUUGCGCUGCCUCCCCUAUUUCUACAUCAUUGGGCAGCCCAAAUGCGGCACCACUGAUUUGUACAACCGUAUGCGCCUCCAUCCCAGUGUUCGAUUCUCGGCCAACAAAGAACCGCAGUGGUGGACGAGGAAAAGAUUUGGAAUCAUAAGGCUGAAAGAGGCGCUGCAGAGCCCCUUCCCAGUGGACGAUUACCUGGAUUUAUUUGACUUGGCUGCACAAGAGAUCCAGGCUCUGCACAAUGAAGCCAAAGACAGAGAAGAUGCCGUUACCGUCCCUCUAAUUAUAGGAGAAGCCAGUGCAUCCACCAUGUGGGACAACAACUCUUGGAUGUACGUCUAUGAUAACACGACCAACACAGAGCCCCCACACCUGACCCAGGACUUCAUCCAUGCCUUUCAGCCUAAUGCCAAAUUUAUUGUCAUGCUCCGGGACCCGGUGGAAAGGCUCUACUCUGACUACUUGUACUUUGCCAUUGCCAACAAGUCAGUAGAGGAGUUCCACGACAAGGUGAAUGAGUCCCUACAGAUGUUCGAGAGCUGCCUGCAGAUGUCUACUCUGCGUUCUUGCGCCUACAACACCACGUUAAACAACCUCCUGCCCGUGAGGCUACAAGUGGGGCUCUACGUGGUGUUCUUGUGGGACUGGCUCUCACUCUACAACAUGGAACAGUUCCUCGUUCUUAGACUGGAAGAUUACUCCCUUAGGGUCUUGCACAGCAUGAGGCGGGUCUUCAGCUUCCUGGAACUGGAGCCCUUGAGGGAAGAGCAGGAGGCCACAAUAACACAAAGUCCAGCGUCCAACAGCCGUCGCCCUGAAGACUGCAGCCUCGGGCCCAUGUACCCUCAAACCAAACAGCUUCUUAGGAAUUUUUACCGUCCCUACAACCAGAGACUGUCUCAGCUAUUAAGAGAUGAUGCUUUUUUAUGGGAGGCACAAUCCGGCAUCUGAGAUAUCAGCAGCCAGCCGCCAAACUCAUCCUCGCAUGAUGAAUUGCACUGAGUGCUGGUGCUGCCAUCUAGUGGCUAACUGCUGGAAAAGCCAAGAGCCAACAUUGCGGAGUGAUUUCCAGCCAAACAGCAGCCAAGAUAUAUUUACUGUCACCUACUGAUCUAAGUGGGAAACAGAAGCCAAAAGGGGAUAUAAGCAACUGUAGUGCAGAACAGAGCGGCGGCCAAGGAAGGGCAGGCAGCGCAGAGUUUUCUGGCUGAGAGAUUGCUGUAUUGCAGUGCCCAGAGAAGGGACGUGUUCUGCAGCCCCAGUUAGUAAUAUGUAUUCUGAAUUAGGGACAGGAAGGCAGUCCUCAGAAGAGAAGGAAGCACUACUUUUCUUAAAGGGUUAUAGUUGCAUGGAACUGCUUGCCAGGAGGGGCAGUAGGGGCUUAAAAGGUGGCUCAAGUCAGCUGUGCAAGUUUUUAAACUAUACCCCCAGAAUGAAUACUUUACCAACAGACAGUUUAUAUUAUGUUAAGUGGCCUAUUAAAGAAU